CGUAGCCUACCGCCGCAGUUCACCCGUGCCUCUCCAUCUGAUCUCUCCUCUCCGUUGCAGAAUUCCCCGCCUCCCGUUGCUUCAAUUUGCGCACCGCGACCUUUAGCAGUGCUACGGAUUAAUCAGCGGCUCAUAGACUGUGAACCGGACUGUCCACAAGUGUAGGAUUUAUUAGUCACGGAAAACACUUCGCACUGAAAACGAGUAGGGUGAAUGAUGACCAACCCUAUGUCCCGGUGUCUGGCUCACGGUUCCUAAAGAAGUCCUCUCAAGGAUGCUGCCUUCGAAGCGAAUCGAACGACAACCCCGGGCCUCGCUUCUGCCCGGGGUUCUCCUGUGUGUCAUUCUCGCCACUGUCAGUGCAAGUAUGCCAGCUAGGGAGAAGUGCCCGGACCACAUAGACUGUGCCCGCGAGGGGCGGCACUUCUGCAAACCUGGCACAUCCUACUGUGGCCCGUGUCUCAAUCCAUUGGACGAGAACGAGGAAGGAUUGUGCGUGGCAAGGAAGAGCCGCCGUCACCAUGGUAAAGUCACAUCCUUCUCUGAUCUAGAUGAAGAGAUUGACUUCCUUCACUCUGUCAUUGCCAAACAGGAAGUGUCUGAGAUCAAACAAUCAGACACCCGCUCCAAGGCAGCUAGGACUCAGACAGAGGCUGCCAGAAUGAGAGGCCAGGUCCAACCCUCGGCGGGGCAGCCCAACACCACCCAGCCCUCCAUUCAUACCUCCCAUCCUGCCACCGGUGCUCUGGGGAGGGUUGGAGAGGGAGGACCUGAUGGCCUCAUAGCCGUCCCAUACACCUCCAAGGACAGUCUCCUCGUCAUUAUGAUCUCUGUGUGUGUCAUUGUUGGUGCCGGGGGCCUGAUCUUGGCUACACUUUUCUGGGUCAGGCUGCAGAAGGAAUCCCGUCUGGCCCAGAAGAUAGAUUACCCUGCAUUUGGAAGCCAUGGGAAUGGAACAGCCAACAGGACUUCAUCGGGGGAUAAGAAGUUGGCCCAGAGUGCUCAGAUGUACCACUACCAGCAUCAGAAACAGCAGAUGCUAUCCAUGGAAAAUCAUAAAUCGGAACCGAAGGUCGCUGACUCAGAAGUCACAUCAGAUGAGGAGGAAGUGGACGGAGACUUCACUGUGUACGAGUGCCCUGGACUGGCACCGACUGGAGAGAUGGAAGUGAAAAAUCCUUUGUUUAACGACUCUACCCUACACUACCAGGGGAAUCCCAAGUGAACCCCAUAGAUUUUCAUGCCUGCACACACACACACACGCCAUUUCUUGUACUCUGGAAAAAGAGCACGUGAACUCUCCGAUCUCAGAA